AUGGAGUUCGAAUCUCGAGAUACUACAGAUAGCUUACCAUCUUCUCUCUUGCAAUUAUUAUCAAAUACUUUGAUUCUUUAUCAAACUACUCCUUAUCUCCCAGUUUCUUCUCUUUUAGCUCUCGGAGCUACCUCAAAAUCUUUCAAAGAGCUCAUUCACGAGACCCCUCAUGUUUUCCGUUAUUUGAAGCUCUCGGACGUCGAAUCUGCAAGGUCCGGAGUUGGAUCAAUUGACAAUGGAGGACAGAACUGGAGAAAUGUACAACUAGAUGAGAAUGUAACAGAAGAUGACUUUUAUGGUGGCCCACUGAGGGGCAUCUUCAAUCACCUCCGCCGUCGAAAUUUACUACUUGAUGUGGAAACUUUGAUAUUGGACGGCCUUUCGGUCCCUUCCGACUUGGUAAGCGAAAUCAUCCUGAACGAUUCGUACAAUGUUCGCAUCUUAUCAAUCCGCGAAGUACAAAAUCUUAACGAAGGAAAACUGAGAGGUGCGCUCAAAUAUUCGUGUCGCCCUUCGAGACCCAACAAUACUCCUCGGCUUCAAGGGCUAUAUAUCUUUGGUUGCAAGGAUGCUCCGCAAGUUGUGAAACGUCGAAGGCAUGUGAAUAGGUAUCCUGCCGGUAUCGCGCCUAUAGACACAAUUCCCAAUUACGGAGCGAGGUCUCCAGGAACAAAUCUUGGAAUGCACUGGAAUCGAAGAUCCGAAGAUGCUUUAGGAGAGAGUGUAUUGCGUGGAGGAGGUGAAGUUGGACACCCGGAAUUUGGGAACAGGUUCCCAAAACCCAUCCACAAUGACUGGGCAGAUACUAUGACCUAUUGUGAGGGGAUCAUCAGUUUUGAUGCUGUUCUUUGCAAGGGACCUCGUCACUCUGCAAGCUUACCAUCGGACAGUCCUGGUCCAUGGUAUAACCAUACGCAAAAUCGCAUUGACGGUGCGCGUGUAGCGACUCAUCUUCUAGGUGAUUGCAGCGGCUGUGGGACUGCUAAAAAUGCCUCGAUUUUUGGACAGUCGCCCAUGGUCUUAUUUCCACUCUUGUCGCCUGUCCCUCUUCAUGUGUCUAGUGCCAAGGCAGCAAAAACACCAUUCGAUGGAUCUUCAUCUCGAGAAAAGCUGAUGGUUCGUUGCGUGGAUUGUCUACGAACCCGGUACUGUGAAGCUUGUCGCAAGUGGUGGUGCGAGGAUUGUUUUGAAGGAACUCAAACAAUCAGUAGUACCAGUAGUUCUCCAUUAUUGCCUUCCAUGGUGCCUGAAGUGGAAUCUAGCAAGUUUGGCGUCUCAAAAAGCUGCUUAUUUUGUGGACUCAAUUGUCACGAAUGUAUACAGAAGACUCAGUUGAGAUGCAAGAUCUGCAAUGGAGGAUACUGCACGGUCCAUAAUGAGGGAUCAACUUUAACCACAGCAGUGCGAUUGGUGCUCACGAAGUGGUAG